AUGAGUUCACAUGUCAAGGCGCUUCUCUCCUCUGUCUCUUCCUUUCUCCUUCCUGGGGAUCCAACCGGUCACCGAACCGCUGGAUACCGUUUUUCUUCGCUCUUCCAGAAGCCCUUCAACGACCCGCCAUCAACGGCGUCAUUUCAAUUUCCACUUCUUGCUGUUGUUCCCUCUCUUCGUAUCCGUCCCACUCCUUCGCCGGUGGGCUUCCACGGUCUCGCCGAUAGCUUGUCAAACAACACCCACGCUGUGUCGCGUGCUACGCAGGACGUGAGGACGGCGUGUGCACCGCUUCACAAACCGCCGUGUGACAACGCGGUAGCACUUGCCGCUAUUGGCUUCUAG